CCGCGCCUCUCGCGGGAGUAGCCGGCCAAGAUGGCGGCGGCGCCGGGCCGUUGAGCGGGCCCCCGCGGGCGGGAGGCAUCAGACGGAGGUGGGCGGGCGUCGGGCUCCUCAGCGCCGCUGCUGUUUGAGGCGGGGGAUGCCGACGGGACGGGACUCGCCGCCGCGGCUCUGAGCGCCUCGUCCCUCCGGCCGCGGCUAGUGUCCCGGCGGGGCCCCCCCCGCCCGCGGGGCCACCGCCGGCGAUGACCGGCGAGAAGCUGCGCUCGCUGCGCAGGGACCACAAGCCCAGCAAGGAGGACGGGGACCUGCUGGGGCCCGGCGAGGAGGAGGCGGCCGCCGCGCCCGGAGCCAUCUUCACCGGGGGGCGCGGGAGCAGCGGCAAAGGCGGCCGGGCCGGGGGGCACCGCAUCUUCAGCAACCACCACCACCACCAGCGGCUGCCGCUGAAGGGGGGCCCGGCGGGCGGCGGGACGGGCCCGGCCGCGGAACCCGAGCGGUGCCCCGCGCACUUCCCCGUGCACGAGUGCGUCUUCAAGGGGGACGUGAGGCGGCUGUCGGCGCUCAUCCGCACGCAGGGCAUCGGCCAGAAGGACAGCCACGGAAACACUCCAUUGCAUCUUGCUGUGAUGUUGGGACAUAAAGAAUGUGCCCACUUGCUUUUAGCCCACAAUGCUCCAGUAAAGGUGAAAAAUGCUCAGGGAUGGAGCCCUCUUGCAGAAGCCAUCAGCUAUGGAGACAGACAAAUGAUUACAGCACUCCUAAGGAAGCUUAAACAGCAGUCCAGGGAAAGUGUUGAAGAAAAGCGACCUCGAUUAUUAAAAGCCCUGAAAGAGCUAGGUGACUUCUAUCUAGAGCUUCACUGGGAUUUUCAAAGUUGGGUGCCUUUACUUUCCCGAAUUCUGCCUUCUGAUGCAUGUAAAAUACACAAACAAGGUAUAAAUAUCAGGCUGGACACAACUCUCAUAGAUUUUACUGACAUGAAGUGCCAACGAGGGGAUUUAAGCUUCAUUUUUAAUGGUGAUGCAGCACCCUCUGAAUCUUUUGUAGUUUUAGACAAUGAACAAAAAGUUUACCAGCGAAUACAUCAUGAGGAAUCUGAGAUGGAAACAGAGGAAGAGGUUGACAUUUUGAUGAGCAGUGAUAUUUACUCAGCAACAUUAUCAACCAAAUCAAUCACCUUCACACGUGCCCAAACGGGAUGGCUUUUUCGAGAAGACAAAACAGAAAGAGUAGGAAACUUUUUGGCAGAUUUCUACCUGGUUAACGGACUUGUAUUAGAGUCAAGAAAAAGAAGAGAACAUCUCAGUGAGGAGGAUAUUCUUCGAAAUAAAGCUAUCAUGGAGAGCCUGAGUAAAGGCGGCAACUUAAUGGAACAAAACUUUGAGCCCGUCCGACGACAAUCCCUUACUCCACCGUCGCCCAAUACAAUUACAUGGGAAGAGUACAUAUCUGCUGAAAAUGGAAAAGCUCCUCAUCUGGGUAGAGAACUGGUCUGCAAAGAAAGCAAGAAAACCUUUAAAGCAACGAUAGCUAUGAGCCAGGAAUUUCCCUUAGGAAUUGAAUCAUUAUUGAAUGUUUUAGAAGUAAUUGCACCCUUCAAGCACUUUAACAAACUUAGAGAAUUUGUUCAAAUGAAGCUUCCACCAGGCUUUCCUGUAAAGUUAGAUAUUCCUGUGUUUCCCACCAUCACAGCCACUGUGACUUUUCAGGAGUUCCGAUACGAUGAAUUUGAUGAAUCCAUCUUCACUAUUCCUGAUGACUACAAGGAGGACCCCAGCCGUUUUCCUGAUCUCUAAUUAAACUGGAAGGUUAAUGGCGAAUAACAAAAUAACAAUACCAGCGUACCACAGUGAAAGCAAAUGGAUGCAAAUAGCCCACAGAUAUAGAUACAGAAGUGGGUCAUAAAGGAAAGGGAUGAAUUUACUAAUCCAGAAGAAAAGGGAACGUGCAUCGAAUGACUGAUCUACUGACGCUAUAAUGGGCAUCUAAUCUAGUUCCUGAUUGACAGCAAGUCUCCUGAUGUGUCGUUCACACUUUUAUACAUCCAGUGCUGCAGGCGUGGUAGUCUGACACCUCAGUGACCCUGAGAAUACUUAACAGCUGUGAGGACUAUCAUUCGUUUUUAAAUUUUUUUACAUUUCUUGUUGAUACAAAAAGCACUCUUGGACCAUUAGCAUAAAAGUUGAAAUGUCUUAGCUGCAUAUUAGUCCUAUGAAACAUCCCACUGUACUUUAAGAUGACCAUAUUAUAUCCUUUCAAGCUUCGUUUUCAACAAGUGUAAACUAUGUAUCAUUAUGUAUAGUUCAGUAAUUUGAAUGUUAGUUGAGCGUAAAGUAGGAGGAAUGCGUUUUCUGUAGUUGAAUGAACCAAAUGGUAACCAUUAAACAAUUGCAUCUUCAUAUUGCAAUACACUUCAGAAAUAGCAUUCGCUCUGCAGGGAAUAAGGUACCUCCUCUAGCACCUCAGUGCGAUCCAUUCUGGUGCUAUCCGUGUCUCUCCGAAGCAUUAUUUUUUUCGUGGGGCUGUUAGUUAAUUUUCCUUGCGUUGGCUCAGCACACAUCAGUUUCCUCGGCGCUGGCUUGGCAGUCCUCUCAGUGCCCACGUCGAUUAGUGUGCUUGGAAGUUCACCAGCUAGAAAGCAUCACCUUGGUUUUUUCUUCUUCUUCUUCUUUCACGUUCACAUAGGAGACUUGCUCCGUAAUGGGCGAACAUCAGCAGCCACUGGAAAACAUGGAUGCAUAUAAAGAGUUCCUAGAACAAUAAGCUCAAGCAUCGAGUCUUCGUAUGAGAAAAGGUUUUCCUUGAAGUUAGGUUAAUUGUAGUGCACAUUGAAUAGGGCUCGCUCUGAAGGAUUUUGUUUGCAAACGCUUAAAGUGUUUCUAUUUUAAUUUUCUUCCUCUUAGUGGUUUUAAUAGAUGGGAGUUCCAGUACUCUGGCUUCUUGAGCUUAUUCUCAUUCCACGUGGUUCCAGUCUCCUAAUUUGACAGUAAUCCAGUUUUUGGUUUGUUAGAAAGAAUCUGUGCAAAAGGCUAAUGGUGCUAUUUGUUUGUAUUAAGAAAUUUAGAUUAAAGUGCUGUGGUGUAAUUGUACAAAAAUGUAAAUAUUUUGGAAAUUAUAUUCUUUGUGCACUGUAGUUAAAAACUUUUUCUGGAAGUCAACAGAGGUAAGUAUCAAAAUUUGAUUACAAAAAGUCCCGUGGAUGCUUAGCACAGGAACCGACCUAACUGACCGUGCAGGUGAUGAUGAGAUCGCUUAUCACAAGGCAAUAAAAGCAAGGCACAUGGAUGGAACGUGGAGAUGUGCCAAAGCUUCUGGGACCUGCCUGUACAAAACCCAGCGAGGCUGCUCCGGGGAAGCGCAGAGUCCGCUCCGUAGACGAGUCCUGGUGAAUCACCCCAUAGAUGAGUCCUGGCGAAUCGCUGUCAGCAUCACACGGAGAUGUGAGGAUAGACAGUGGAGGCUGAGCCCCGUCCAGCAUCGCUGCAAACUGCCCGGCCUGACAGGUGGGUAACGCUUACGGACUGACGGGUAGGUCAGUGUCAAAGGGAAAAUAGGGAAACAAGGAAAGGGACGUGGACGAUCAUGGCGAUGCCAUUCGAGUGCCGUGUCAGUAGCAGAUGUUGAACAUCCAGUAGGAAUGAGAGGACUUGUUCUUCCAAGUAAUUAUGAAUUCCUUGGAGUGUUUCACAUCUGUGGUACAAACUGACACCCACCUCAAGCUCCUGCUUAGAUCCAGCUGAGAUCCUUAGGGCAAGGCCCAUGCUGAACAUACGGAGGGGCCGAUUCCCCUCUGGCUGCGUUCUCAGGUUGCUGUCGCUGAGCAGGAUGGGGCGGUGCUGCUGGAUCAGCUCUGGGGCAGGCACGGAGCUGGAGCGGGUCCGGGUGCUGCGUGGCAGUGUGAGUUGCUGGGAAAUUUCAGCAGAGGCAGAAAACUGUUUCUACAUAAAGCGAAUGUUAAAAUCUUUUUUUCUCAGUAUCGCAAGGCAAGAACGAUGUAUUUCGUGUUACUUUGUGUUUCCAGUUAUUCCAGAAUAUCACAGAGCUUGCUGGCACAGGAAGGGGCCUACAUAGGCCUACAUAGCCAGGGCUGGGUGUUUUGGGCAGUAUGGCAACGACGGUGGCAAUGGAUUCUAGGUUUGAACCAAGAAACAAACACUAGCAGUGUAGCCCUGUGUGGGAGCAGGGGUCCUGUCCAUCUCUGGCUGUAGCAGAGGCGAUACUGACUCGUGGUGGCGGUGAGCUCUGUGACUCGCUGCGCUUUGUGGCAGUGUUCCGUGCUUUCCCCAGCCUCUGGCUGCAGACCUGCUGGUAGUUUCCUUUGGGUUUCUUUCGCUGCGUGAUUCUACAGCGACUGACGCUGGUGCAUCUUGAGAUGUGCAGAAGCUGCUUGCCGUGGGUCGCUGUGCUGGGGUUUGCUCUGAUUCGGGGUGUCAGCAGAGAAGAGCGAGUGCAGGUUUUGUUGAGUGAAGUCCUGUGUGACUGCAGCGAACGCAGCCGGCUGCUUUUCUUCUCAGUCUGACGCGGAAGGAGCCGACUCCCUCCGCUCGUCCUUCCCACCUCAGUGACCGCCUUUAGAUUCCUGUGUCAUCCUCGCUGAGUAAGAACUGGUGAACUGUUUCUCGGUACAUUUCCUUCCAACUUUGGGUAUUGUGUUUUCUGCCCGAGACGUUCCUCGCCUUGAGUUGUACAGCACCACUGAGAUGUAGGGACACUUUGGGCACGGGCUCCUGCUGCGUCCCCUGAGCCGCAGGGCUCCCCUGCACUGAGAGGCACAGCCCUGGGCCGUGGGUGCAGCGGUGCUGGGGCACUUCUCCAGCAGGGAAUGCAUCCGCGCUGAUGCAGACGUUCUAUCCAAUCUCGUGUGUUUUGCUUGCAAGGGUUCUGGGUGCUGACACCGGCGAGGGUGAAGUGCUUCUAGUCUAGACGUAGCCUUAGUCCACAGCUGUGCUGUGGGCACCGGUGCCCGCUACCGCUUGCGAUCUCCGGAUCGGAAUUUUGGAAAAUUACCUUUUAUAGCAGGAUUGACCUAGCAGAACUUGAUUUUCAUUUCCCUUUAUCUUUUCCUUAAGGCCCUGUUGGGUAUUAAGGAAGGUGUGGUCCCCUUUAGAACGAAAACAUAUCCGCAGUGGUGGUACAGAGCUGGCCUCGCAUAGCACAGAGCCCGGCACCCACAGUGCUGCUUGUGCCUGUGCUGCUGCAAGGUCCUGGCAGCCCAAGAACAAGGACCUGCCUGGGCUGCGUCACAGCCACAGCGCUGACCCCGUGCCCUGCUGAGUGCUGAGUGCAGGGGAAGGCCCUGCGUCCCCGCCGGGGGGAGGGACUGCUUCGCUGGGGCUCCCUCUGAUCUCACCACUUUUUUUUUUUUUUAAUGAUGGCUGUGAGAUUUUUUUUAUCAAUAAGUCUUAGAAGACAGCCACUGAUUUUGGUAAACUGAAAUAAGAAAUUGUUGCGAAUGAAUUCUAUGGGUUGUUUCUUAACCAAACCGCUCCACUGGUCUUCCAAAACAUCGCUUUACUUUGUGGCAAAGGGAAUGCGUGUUCUUUUUCCUUCCGAGGCGCUGCUGUUCCAGUCACUGUAUUCACUUUACUGCAGUUCUUGGUUUAUGUAUUGAAAUGAUUUGUUGCAAAAUCCUCUGGAUGUAUUUGUGCUGGAAACCCACAUGGUUGAUAUUCAAAGCAACUGUCCAUUUUUUUUUUUUUUACAUGUGUUUGUUCUUGAUUUGUAAUUCAUGCAAGGGUAACUGCAUUAUUUAAUCUGUAUUAACAAAUUUCCUGUAAUGCUGCAGUUUCACAUUUAUUUUCCUUACAAUUUGUAAUUAUCAUGGAAACGAUGUCACUUCUUCGAAUUUUACUAGUCGUCUGGUCCAUGUUUUUAACUUACCUUCACUAAUAGUAAUUUUUUGUUGUAUCAUUUGUUAGAAUAAAGACCAAAACAUGCUGUUUGAUUCUGAAA